AUGGCCUCUGAUAACACGCAACCCAGCGAGACAAGCCCCCUCCUCCCUCCAAUAUCCCAAAUCAGACAGCCCACCCCGAACUCAUCUCAACAACUCUCGCUCUCCAAAGCAGACCAAGCCCUGGGCCAAUUGCCCCCUCUGGGCGACCGCCUCCCUUACAACGACUAUACCACCAUCGACUGGCUCCGCGAUCUGACAAAAGACUCUGCCCGCGCUCGUCGUUUGCACGCGCAACCUGGCAUCCGCGGCACCGCGGCGCGCUGGUUCGACCAGUGCCAGGGGUGGAUCGCCGCCGCGGUCAUCGGCACGCUCACGGCCCUCGUCGCCUUCGUCGUCGACGUCUCUGUGGCGACGGUGAGCGAUUGGAAGGAAGGAUACUGUAAGACUAACGUUCUACUGGACCGUGGGCGAUGUUGUUGGGGGGUACCCGAGACCGGGCGAUGCGAUGCUUGGAGCCCCUGGAUUGAGGGCAAAGGAGGAGAAGGAGGAGGAGGUGCUGGUGGUGGAGGGGGGUACGCCGCCAGCUACGCAGUCUAUGUCCUCUUCGCCCUCCUCUUCGGCAUCAUCGCAGGGAACAUCACCAUGACCACCAAAGCCUCCCUGCCAGCCGUCGACGCCGACAGCGUCUUCACCACGGGUGCCAUGACGGAGGGCAAGACGAUGUACAUGGCCGCCGGCAGCGGCAUCCCCGAGAUCAAGACAAUUCUGUCGGGCUUCGUGAUUCCCCAUUUCCUAGACUUCAAGGUCCUCGUCGUAAAAGCCGUGGGCGCGACCUUUGCCGUCUCGACGGGCAUGUGCCUGGGCAAAGAGGGCCCCUUUGUCCACAUCUCGACGUGCGUCGGGCGGCUGGUGGCCAACCGGUUCCCCAAGUACCGGGACAACCCGCGCAAGAUGCGAGAGAUGCUGAGCGUGGCGUGCUCGUCCGGCCUGUCCGUCGCGUUUGGCGCGCCGAUUGGCGGUGUGUUGUUCAGCUACGAGGAAAUCAGCACGUACUUCCCACGACGCGUCUUGUGGCGCGCGUUCCUCUGUUCCCUGGUCGCGGCCAUCGCGCUCAAAGCCCUGAAUCCCACGGGGACCGGAAAGUUGGUGCUCUUUGAGACGAAUUAUGGCGUCGACUACGACCCGGUGGACUACCUCGUGUUUGUGAUGCUGGGUGUCUGUGGCGGCGUCUUCGGCGGCAUCUUCUGCCAAGCCAACUUUCUCUGGUCCAAAUGGUUCCGCAAAUACGACAUUGUGAAGAAGCAUCCUGUGCUUGAGCUCAGUUGCGUUGUAUUGGCCACCGCUUUGCUGCAAUACCCAAACGUGCUCAUUCGCGACACGGGCGACGUGGCACUCUCGAGACUGCUGGUCGACUGUAAGGAGCCCAAUGGCAACUGGAUAUGUGAGCAGGAGGACAGUAACAACAAGACGGCAUACAUGCUUCAGCUGGCAGGCGGCACAGUGGUCAAACUACUCCUCACCAUAGUUACCUUUGGCUGCAAAGUCCCCUCCGGCAUCAUCAUCCCCGCGCUCGACGGCGGCGCUCUCUUCGGACGGCUGAUUGGGCAGUUCGUCGGCGGGAUCUCGCCCGGAAUCUUCGCAAUGGUCGGCGCUGCGGCUUUCCUCGCCGGCGUGAGCAGGAUGACCGUGAGCCUGGCUGUCAUCAUGUUCGAGCUGACGGGUGAGGUGACGUACGUGCCGGCCUUCAUGUGCGCCAUCCUCACGGCGAAAUGGGUAGCGGACGCGAUCUCGGGAGGAUCCGUGUACGAUCUCUCGCAACACCUGCUGGGCCAUCCGUUCCUCGACGCGGAGCAAGCCCAGGAGGUGGUUCGCAAACGUGAAGCCACGGCCCGUGAGCUGAUCCCUCCGGCCGGGACGAUGGAGGAGAUCACCCUGCACGUGGGCAGCGAGUACCGCGUGCGAAGGGACGUGGUGUCAGAAAAGUUGCGGAAAUUGAAAGCCAGAGGACUGAUGGAUGCAGGCAUAGUUCUCGUCAAUGAUGCGGGACUAUUAUUUGGAUAUUUACCCGAAGCAGAAGUAGAAUAUGCGCUGCUGACUGGCAGCGACGCAGAGGAAAUUAAUCUGCGGACCGGCGUUGUGACUGAGUUGGUCGAUCGCACACCGCUCACGGUCUGUGCCGAGGCCCCGAUGGAGCACGUUUUGGAGAUGUUCGGGAAACUAGGCCCGAGAUACAUCAUCAUCGUGGAGCCGGAGACGGCCAAGGUGCUAGGCGUUGUGCUCAAGAAGCGAUUGUUGGACUUUUUGGAUCGGGUCAAAGCGUCUUGA